AUGAGUGGAUGGGAUGCAGUCGUGCCGCUAGUCGUGUCGGGGGCGGGGGAUGCGCGUGAGACGACGCACACGCAGUUGUGCACCAUGGUGCGUGGAAUGGAAGAAACAACUGAAGCCACCAAGCGAAGAUUGAAGCAAAUAGAGAAGAUUCUUGAACGACAGCGUGUCGUCGUGAACGAGGUUAGGGCGUCCACCUCGCGGUUUGAAGACAUGUUUACAAAAACAAACAGUGAUCUCCAGUACAUUCAACAGCAGCUUGAGUACGUUGUUAUCACUCUGGAAAAGGAGCGCGGGACUAUAGCUGACCACACGGAGCAGUUAAGGCUCUUUGCAAUGGAAUCCAAUUGCCGUGAUGGCCGAAAUGCCGAUGCCUUAGAUGAUGGCACAUCAAUGCUUCUUUGGUUAGCUACGUGGCUCUAUCGCCCACUUGUUCACUUUGCAAAAGGCUGCUACACGCUGCUAUCUCCGCUUCUCAACACUCUUCAGUCUCUCUCUUUGUUUAACACUGACGUACUCGUGCGCCGUAGUGAGAGCGGUGCACGUCUUCGUCACGUGGAGACAAAUGAGGAUCUUCUGAAACGACUUCAGAAGGGAACCUUGGACCCCACAUCACUUAAGAAGAAAUGA